UUCAUUGUGAACCACUUGUCAACACGAGGUGGUAUCGUUAUCGCUGCGUAGUUCAAUAUUUUUAAUUCAGAACAUUCGCUGGUAGCCCUUGUCUUUCGUUAUACUUCGUAUUGAUAGUCGCCUUCUGCGCCAGUGAGUGUAAAGGCUUCUUACAAUAUCUAUCGUCUGUUCGUUGCAGUGCAAACUUGUUUCAUCGUCAAAGUAUCUGUGAUUUUAUUUUAGAAAAAGAAAAAAGGAAACAUGAAGACCUUUUUGCUAAUCAUCGCGACCGUUUUGGCUGUCUGCUCAUCAGCCUUCGCCACACAAUGUAACGUGAACCCUGUCACCAUCCCGAAGCAAUGGAUCACUAUGUCGCACGGAUGCCGUAACGCGGUGCGCAAGCAGGUCCAAAUGGAGGUAGCUGCUUCUGUGCAGUACUUAGCUAUGGGCGCGCACUUCUCCAAGGACUCUGUAAAUCGUCCAGGAUUCGCUAAGAUGUUCUUCGACGCCAGCUCCGAAGAGCGCGAACACGCUCUCAAGCUCAUUGAGUACCUGCUGAUGAGGGGAGAGCUCACCACCAACGUCACCUCCUUGAUCACCAUCAGGCCCCCAGAACACAAAUUCUGGGCAUCUGGCCAGGCAGCGCUCGAAGAGGCCCUGAAAAUGGAGACCGAAGUAACCAAAGCCAUCAGAAAUGUCAUCAUCAAGUGCGAACAAGAUCGUGAGGAUAACGACAACAAUGAUUAUCACCUUGUCGACUACCUGACCGGCGACUUCCUUGAAGAACAAUACAAGGGGCAACGCGACAUUGCUGGCAAGGCCUCCACGCUCAAGAAGAUGAUGGACCGUCAUGCCGCCUUGGGAGAGUUCAUCUUCGACAAGAAACUCCUUGGCAUGGACAUCUAAGCCGAAAGCCCAGAGUCCAAGCAUUAAUAAUUUAGUAUGAAAACGAAUACGUCACUUUUGUUAUUAUCGCUUUAAAAAUAAAUCAUUCUUUUUUCAAAUAGAUUUUCUUUAUUUUACAUAGAACUGGGUAAAAUCCAGAUAUGUAAAUCCAGUCAUUAAAAAAAACCAAAUAGAAGAAGGUUUCUGAAAUAGAUGUUUUUGUGAGUAAUUUUGCAGUACAAAUCUUGCACAUUUUAUUUUAUUUUUAUCACUAUAAUUACAAAAGUCAAUAGUAGUUUAGGCCUUGUCUAGAAGUUAUGUAAAAAUGUAGUAUAGUUAUAAGUAUAUUUAAAUAAAACAUUAAUAAUUUUU